AUGCUAUCUGGGUUGUCACCACUUGAAAGGGAGGAGCGGCUGGUAUUCCCAUCAUGUGCUUCACAUCCAAAACAAAGAUGUGAGGGAUACUGCCAACAGUGUGAUGUCCCUGUCUGCUUCAAAUGCCUCACAGGUCCUCACCACGGCCAUGUUGUCCAGGACAUGGCAGAUAUUGUAAAGAAGAUAAAAGAAGAAAUCAAGAAAGAAAUGGGGGUAACUGAGAGUUAUAUUUCAAGAUUUACCUUGGGUGAAGCAAAAAUAGAUCAAAAGAUAUCCAAUCUGAUACAAAAGUUUGAAAGUUUGGAGAAAGAGGAAGAGAAUCUAAGGAAAACCUGGCAUGAAGAAGUUGACAACAUUUUUAACACUCUACAAUCAACCAUUGGGACAAUGAAAAAUGGAAGAUUCAAGGCUCUUAAAUCUCACCAAUCCUCUCUACAGAAUUUAGGCAAAAAAUUAGCAAAUAUUAUGAAAGAAAACAAGAAAAUCUUGAAGUCUAACCAGGUUACUGAUGUUACUAGUCACAAAUCUAAACUGAAGGAAUUCAAAGACAUUCCUAUAGAUGUUGAUGUAAUGAUUCCUGCCUUAAACAACAACACAGUCAAAGGAAGUGAACUCAGCAUAGAUUUACCAGAAUAUAAGGUUAUGCUAAGACAGAUAUCUAUAUCCAGUCUGACAGAUGAAGUCUCCAUUUUUUUCUGUGAGGACAUUAUUGGACAAUGCUAA